AUGAAGGAUAAUAACCGUGCAACACAAUCUGUUUCUGCGUUGAUCAAUGUUACGCUACUAGCUGGACUGGACACUCGGUUACGUGUCGCUGUACAUUUCGGAGCUUCCUUUAUUUCCUCAAUUUUGGCGCAGACGAGUAGUGAUCAAAUGAAAAAGGCAAAACGAUUCGCUUAUUGUGGUGUAUUAAAAACGCUCGUUAGAAUACCACAGGAGCAGGGAUUCUUGUCUUUGUGGCGUGGAAAUUUGAUCAACAGCUGUCGAUACUUUCCGGUCUCAAACAGUUCAUUUCUCUUUCUACGAAUUGUAGAUUCUUGUACGAUUCUUUUUCCUCUCAUUUUCUGCAAUACACGAAUAUCCGUAGACGUUGGUGACAAAAUAAAACGAUUGAAAAGGGAAUUUCAGGGUCUGCUUAGGAAAUAA